GUGUACGCGCUAUACUCUAGUUACCAUUACUCUGUGAACGCACCCCAUAUCUGCAGCCACGUCUGGCCUCUAGAGCAACCUGUACUGAAGGCCUGAAGCUGAACUGCACACUACCCAUUUUAGUCUUCGGUAGCGAGAGUUUAAUCUUUAGAUUGCAAAAUCCCAACCCUAAUCAUGUCUUCAGGUAAAAAAGGGAAAAAAAGUAAAGGAAAGACAGUAGCUCUUCAUGAUUUUUUGGCUGAUACUCCCGGCGGUCUUCCUAGUAUACCCCUAAAAUCAACCAAUUGGGCAGACGAUAUAGAGGAAGAACACGAUGGAUACAUGUCAAGAUCCAGUAAAGAGCCAGUCGUCUUACCUACGGCUCCUCGUGCUGCUCGCGAACCUGGAUUUAAUGAAGAAAAUAUUCCUACCCAUCCUCCAUUUGUGGCUUACGUUUCAAAUUUACCUUAUGACAUUGCUGAAGAAGAUUUGGCAGAUUUUUUUGAAGGAAUGAAUAUAUCCAGUAUGCGCCUUCCUAAAGAGCUCAAUAAACUCCGGGGAUACGGCUAUGUAGAAUUUGAAGAUCGACAGAGUUUAAUUGAUGCUCUGGCCAUGACAGAUGCGACGUUACAAAGCAGACGCAUCCGAAUUGAAGUCUCAAAUAGCAGCAACGACGAGCGUCGCGGUGGUCGAAUGGGAAGGGAUAAUCGUAGGGACGGUGGCUUUGAAGAUUCUGAACAACGUACAUCUGGUGAUUGGAGAAGUGGUCCAAGAGACGAUGGGCCGUCAGAUGGAGAUCGCUACCGAAACAGGGGAGGAUUUGAGAACAGAGAUCGGGACAGGGACCGAAAGGAGGAAAAAGAAGAAACCGACAAUACGCCUGGUGCGUGGCGUUCAGGCGGCGAUCGAGAAAGACCUGCAUUUAGGGAGAAGGUAGGUGAUGACCGUGAAAAAGAUUGGGGAAGUUCACGUUAUGGUGGAGACAGAGGAAGUAGAGACAGAGACGGCGACCGGGAUCGAGAUAGGAGCGGAAGUGGAUUCGGACCUCGCCGUAAUUACGGCGGAGACUCUAAUUGGGAUAGAGAACGUACGCAUACUAAGCCAAGUGCUUCAGAUUCUGAACCAUCUGAGCUUCGAACAAGACCAAAAUUACAAUUGCAACCUCGUACAAAGCCCGUUGAACAGAUCAUUGUAAAGGAGGAGGUAUCAGAGGAAGCUCCUGUAGCUGCUGCUCCAGAACCUGCUGCAACAAUUCCAGUUCAAGUUUCGGCUGUCAAUAUAUUUGGUUCUGCUAAACCUGUAGAUACUUCAGCUAGAGAGAGGGAGAUUGAAGAACGCCUUAACAAAACUUAUGCGGAUUCUAAGGCUAAAGAGGAACCAGAAUCAGAAAAGCGCACUGCUAAAGAAGGAACAGCCUGGGGAAGGCGUAAUGGAGACGGUCGUGAGGAAAAAGAAAAAUCAAAACCAACCUGGAGGUCUGAAGACGAUAGAGGAAGACCAUCUGAAAGACCAGAACGAAGAAUCGAGAAGAAUAAUCCGCCUCCUCGUUCAGAGCAACGCGGGGAUUCCAGAGGUUCACCGACUUCACGUGGAUGUCAUCCGCUAACUAGAGCUUCUAAACAGGCUGAAGCGGGAGGAUCGCCUCCAGAAAGCACAGUGGUAGCAUGGGCGUAAUGCGCUGCCUUGCGACCCUCUUUUUCUCACCUCCAAUAGUAUGUGGCCCGGACAGGACCCUCACACCACUCUGACCGGUAGCCGUAACCUUGGCAGCAGUAAAAUCUGAUCGCCUCUGUUUUCUUACGAACUCUAUAACCCAGCUAAUUCCAGCUAAUUCCUCGUUUAGCUCCAUGUUCUGCCUGAAGCCUUUCUUCGUCAUUCUGACUUUGACGUUCGUUGACUGGCACUCUCCAAUGUGCCUCCUGAGAACGUCGUUUUCUUGAGGUUCCGAACCUCGACUGCGAUCCAAAAAACGGUCUCACGCGCGUUUCACCUAUCCCCAACAGCCUUCCUGAUGGCAGAGAAAAGUUUGUUCCUGUCCUCCUCGGCGCUGCUUGCCUCGAUGAGGACAUCAACAUUCCUCAUUCCUCUCACACCCCAGAUUUUGACACCAAGUUCAUCCAGCUGUACCUUGCUUUUGACUUCCUUGAGAACCUCUGCAUCUCAGCGCCUCAUCUAUACCCCGUUCUUAAAACGCAGUAACGACACCGCUAUAUGCGUGGUAAUGUAUUCGUAGGUGGAGACAGAAGAUUUCGUGAGUCUUCCCUCUCUCGUAUAAGUCGCAUCUAUCAGGUCGCGCUUUCAAUCCCACUCCUAAUUGUAAUAAAAGGCCUUUAUUUCAGCUUCAUCUUUUCUAACUAAAUGUCCAGCUCAUCAGUGUCUUCAUUAAUCCGAAGCAUCGCCAUUUGGGUAUGCGAGUCUUAUUUCCCAAUCCGGAUCGUCCGUUACCUCUAAAUCAACACCCAACUGCUCACACACACUUCCGUUUUUGUUUGGUUUUUGCAAUACCACUCCCUGGCACCAUGCAGCAUAUUGUAGGUAUUACCGUUAUUAUAAUUUAAAGUGUUAGUUAUUUAUUCUUUGAAUUUGAAUCUGUUUUGAAUGACCUCCGAAGAGUGACAUAAGUCUUAAUUGUGCGUGUGCGUAGAACAGACGAUGAGAGAGAUGACCGGGAAUAUAUCGACCUAGUGGGAAGUACUUUGGCAUCGUACGGCUGAAACAAUGUUUACUGAAAGCUGCUUGAAUACUGGAUUUCUUAGGUGGUUAUGUUUUCUUGUCAUCCCACGGAAGUUUUCAGACCAAAUUUGAAAUCAUUGCAUAAGUCCUUUAUGGAAAAUUAUGACAUGUAGAAUUAGUAUACAAGUUGAUGGUGAAAUUGCUUCAAAUUUGUGUUACACACAACCAAAAAAAA